AUGUCACUGGAAGACAUCCACAUGAACUCCCAGGAUUUACUUGAAAAAAAACACUUGGAUGCUGGAGGAUUUGGAACAAUUUCUUUAUGCUUUCACAAGAAGCAUGGAUAUGUAGUAUUAAAAAAAGUGUAUACGGGACCCCAGCGCACUGAAUACAAUGCUUCCCUCCUUGAAGAAGGGAAGAUUAUGCACAGGCUGCAGCACAACCGUGUGGUAAAACUACUAGGUAUACUUUUGGAAGAUGGAAACUACUCACUUGUGAUGGAGUAUGUGGACCGGGGAAACAUGAUGAAAGUGCUGCAGAAAAUCUCACUGCCUUUGUCAGUGAAAGGGCGUUUUGUGCUGGAGAUCACAGAAGGAAUGCUUUACCUGCAUGAGCAAGGCUUUGUACACAAAGACCUAAAACCAGAAAACAUCCUUGUAGACACAGACUUCCACAUUAAGAUUGCAGAUCUCGGUGUUGCCUCCUUUAAGAACUGGAGUCGGCUGACCCAAGAAGAGACUGUCCGACAAAAGCAGCUGAAGAACACUCGCCAGAACAAUGCUGGGACUCUUUUCUAUAUGGCCCCAGAGCAUUUACGCUCUGUUAAUGUAAAACCUGUGGAGAAGUCAGAUGUUUACAGCUUUGGCAUAGUGAUCUGGGCAAUUUUUGCUAGCAAAGAGCCGUAUGAACAUGGUAUAAAUGAAGCCCAGAUUUGCUUUGGCAUCAUUAGUGGAAACAGACCAGACAUAAAGGAGAUCACUAAUAAAUGUCCAGGGGAAAUUAUUGACUUAAUGAAACAGUGCUGGGAGCAAGAUCCAGAGAAACGGCCAACCUUUGCAGAAAUUAGUCAAAGAUACAAGCCAUUUUACUAUCAAAAUCUAGGAAAAAAUAUUGAAGAUGAUCUGAAAAAGUUAAAAAAAAUGUGGCCUGAGUCAAAUGAACUGUUGAAUAGGAUGCAAUCCCUUCAAAUAGAUGCUGUAGCAGGAGAUACCAGUAAUGGUCAAGUAGAUCCACCUAAUUCUCUACACAGCUCCCAAGGUCCCGUGACCAAUCAGAUUAACGAAGGCCUGUUUGCUGCCUCUCCUGAAAACCAGCCUGUGGAGAGCUGCGAGACCUCAUUUAUAUCUCCUGAUAAUCUGGAAAGAAAACUUCAGCAAGAACACAACUACCAUAUGUUUGGGCGUUGGAUGGAUAAAGCAGCUUCACCUGGAAUAUACACUCCUGAAAUGAGAGAGGAAGAAAAGAAGCGAAGAGUUUCCUAUGAUCCAUUUGCAAAGUCAUCCUCUACUCCCCUGUAUCCAAGAGAUGAAAAAACAGGUUUUAACACUAAUCUGUAUUUGUGGCCACAGCCAGGUGCAACAACUACAAAACACAGGAAUGCUGAUAAUUUUUACGGGACAGACCCUAACAGUCUUCUAGCAGGAAACACCGAAGGUCUCUAUGGAUCAAGUUCAGCCAGUACCUUUAACCCAAGUAAACCUCCUGUACCUGAAUCUGGCCCAAACCUACUGUCACAGACCAAUGUAAACUGGUAUCCAAAGAGCACAGACACAGAUACAGGUAACAAGGAUUCCACUCCUUUCACAAGGUCAACUUAUGCACAUUGUCCUUCUGCACUCAGAGUAAGCACAGAAGAUUCAAUCAAGUACAACAUAAGUAACAGUUCUGGAAUUCAAAUUGGAUCCUACAAUCACAUGAAGAUUGAAGACCCCAAUCAACACAUCAGCACUUCUCCUGUUAGUGUAGAAGCAACUUACAAUUAUUAUGAAGGAACAGGUAUAUUUGACAAUACUACUGUCCUGACUGAGAAACAUCUGAAUCUAGUGAGAGAAAAGUUGGCUAAACAAUGGAAGCACUGUGCUCGUAAAUUGGGCUUCUGUGAUCCCGACAUUGAUGAAAUUGAUCAUGACUAUGAACGAGAUGGACUAAAAGAAAAAGUUUACCAAAUGCUGCUGAAGUGGGUAAUGAAGGAAGGCUCCAAAGGUGCUACAGUUGGAAAGCUUGCGAAAGCCCUCUUUGGCUGCCAAAGACUGGAUCUCCUUACUAGUUUGAUGCAAAUCAAUGAGGAAUAA